CGCUUCCUCCGCGCCUUCGUCCGCCGCCUCACCGACUCGGCCCCAAAUAAGCAUCUCUCUCCCCGCUGCCUCUUCCUCCCUGCAAUCAGUGCAACCCGCUCUCCCGCCCUAGAAUGCGACUACAACCUCCACAAGUCCAACUCGACCUACUUCACCGACAUGGACAUGUCUCGGGGCAACUUCUGUCUUGUCCUCUUCAGCAAGCCCUUCAACCCGAUCCCAGGGCCAAACCACUUCACCAUGAUUCUCGGUGGAACAACGUGCACGUGGAGGAAGGAGAUCAAGCCGUAUGCGCCGUACGAGCUAUGGACGCGAAUCCUCUCGUGGGAUGAGAAGUGGCUCUAUGUUGUGACACACUUUGUCAAGCCGGGUGUGUUUCACCCAGACGAGUACGUUAUGCAGCCAAAGAAGAAGACCAGUUCCAAGAAGAACAAGGAAGAUGUUGAGUUGCUAAAGGCUGUGUAUGCUUCUUCGGUGGCGCGAUACGUGUUCAAGAGCAAUAGGCGGACUAUACCACCUGAGCAAGCUCUUAGAGACGCUGGUCUGCUGCCCGAGGAUGAGACUGAGUUGGCAGAGGUUGAGAAGACAAGAGCAGAUGCACUGGCCAUUGGAAGGCUUGAGGCAGGGUGGGAUGCCGUCCAUGGUUGUCUUCAACCUACAGGGGCUGCCCUAGGCUGGUAUAAUAGUGCUUAUUAG